CACACUCUUAUAAAACACUGGAAAAAAAUUUUGAAAAAAAAAAAUAAAUAAAAACUAAACACAAAAACGUACAAAACGCAAAAAUUUCAAACACCAAAUGAAAUAAAAACAUAAAUAAAUAGUUUACUACUCCUACGACUCCUACAAAUUUUAAUAACAACACAAAUGUGGUGCGCAGUGUACCACGACCCAAGAGACUCAAUGGAAAUAUCAGCCAAAAUACAGCAGCGACAGCAGCAACAACACAAGCAACCUAUUACGAUGAACAUGAAACGGAAACACACCAGCAGCAACAACAACAACAACAGUAUUAUCAUCAGCAACAACAACAGUACAGUACCAUGCCCUAUAAUCGCCACACACAGCAUCCAGCAACUACCACUGCAUCAGCAACAUUGUCUGGUAUGCAGACAUUAAUACCAAAUUCAACAGCAGCAUCAAAUAUUGCUAGAAAUGAAGCUGGCAUUAUAGUGCACAAUAGCAACAACAACUCAUUAUUGCAACAGCAACAAAAUGCAACAACGACGACAAGCACAAAUCCUCAUCAAAUGACAUAUAAUCUCAAUAAUUGCUUUCCCAAAAGCUACACCGAAUACUAUCAACAACAACAGCAGCUGCAACAUCCUCACACCCAGCAACAGCAACAGCAGCAACAACAUCAUCAUCAAUUUCCACAAAAGUUUAACAAUGCUGGAAUUGCCACUGCCUCCUCGCAUCUGAUAAAUGCAAUUGAACAUGAUUUCAACACCUAUGCCGUGGUCGAACGUCAACAGCCACCACAAAUCCCAAAUGCUACAUUAUCAACAGCAGCAGCAGCAGCAACAAAUCCCUUUUUGGCUGUUAGCAACUUUAAGAAAUUUGAUACAUCUGGUGAUGAGGAUCUGCAGUCAGGUAACUAUCAGACAGCUUCCAUGAAAAGACAAGGAAAACGCAAAACAUUUGCGGAUAAAUUGGAAGAUAAGCGUUUCUAUUCUUUGAAAUUCACCAGCAAUAACAACAAGCAGAAGCAGCAAAACAAAUCGUCGACCGCCGCAGCGGCCUUAAAUAUCAAUCACUCAUUUAAUGGCACCUCUGGAGGAGGCAGCAGUGGUGGAGUUUUAGGUUCUCUAUUGUCUUCAACGAACAAAUGUAAAAGACAUCAUUCUUUUGCUGGUGGUAGCCUUGGCGAUAUUGAUCCCAAGGGCCCUGUAAGAAACCCUCAUAUGAAUUUCUAUGAUCCUCCUGCCUAUGAAAAUGUUAAUGAUGCCGUGCAAGUUCAUAAUGCAGCUGUUAGUGAUAUGGAAUUACCCGAGGGUCUAAAUGGUUCCGCUCAAACAGCUACUGUGCUAUUACAUCCCUUGCCGUAUGGCAUUGCGGGAGGAUCACAGGGUCCUAAGAAAAAACAUCACCAACGCCAACACCAGCCUAAAGAGGAUUUAAAUCUUAUAGAACCGGAACGUCUAAGUAUUUAUCGCAGUGACUCAGGCAUUUCCAAUUCAUCAUAUGAAUGUGUAACACCUAUGCCCUCUAACACACAAACACCAGGCAGCACUCCUCCACCGGGUAAAAUGCCUAGAACCCCCAAGACACCUAAAACUCCCAAGGGUCAUAAGAAUCAGACCUUGGCUCAUACAGCCGUAACCGCCCACUUUAAUUCGUCGCACAAAAAACCGGCUCCCCGAGUGCCUCCAACACCGCUCUAUAUGAAUGUCAAUGAUCAACAGCAGCAGCAGCAACAUGCCUCUAACAAUAUCUCUAAUUUAGAAAGACCUUCUUCACCCUCUUCUACCAUGGCCACCUCGGCUUAUGAGUCCGCCUCAUCAUCACAGAAUGAUAACACCUGCAAUGAUCCUUUAUCUCUGUCAUCCACAACUUCUUUAUAUAGCGGGGGCGGUAAUAAUAAAUCUUCUUUAAAUGCGGUUAAUCAGCGUUGUAAUCGUCACCAGCAACCGCCUGAAAUAACCACACCCGAAGAGUUUGAACAAUAUCAAUUGGGUCAUCAUGCCCAUGCACACUCUUCAUCUUCGCUUUCGGUGGCUAGCAGUGUUAGUGCUAGUGGCAGUAAUGCUGGAGGAAGAGUCAAAUGUAAAAAGCAACAGCAGCAGCAGCAAAGACUAAAUGGUCAGGGUGCUCUUACUAAUCAUAUGGAGCAACAAAUCCUGCCGCCGCCACCGCCACCACCUGUCAUAAGACAUUACAUCGACGACAGACUAUCAGCGACCCCUACGCACAUAUCAAGCACAUCAACGAAUGUCGACGACAAUCUAAUAACACCAACAUCAAUAACAGCAGCAGCAACAACAUUAAAACCCACAAUUAUAGCGCCAAAUCCGCGAACGCGUUCAAGGCAGCAGCAGCAGCAAAUGACACCCAAUCAUCAGCAGCAUGUAGCUCUUAUAAAUCACAACAACAACAACAAACUGGCUUACAACAAUCCAGCCAAACUAAACAGCCUUCAUCAUCACUAUCAUACUCCCCAGCAACUAGUGCAGCAGCAACAACAACAUCAUCAUCAUGCCACCAACUUGCCACACAUCAUCAACAACAAAUGCUAAUGCACAAAAAUGUUGUUGUCAACAAUUGUAAAACAGCUUUUGAUGAUAAGGAGCGAACAUAUAAUGAAGUCGUC